AAAAUUCUGUUUUACUUUGGUUGUCGGAGUGACGUUGUUAAUGGCGUUGUGUUCUUAUUUUGAUGAUAAGGUGGCACAAAAUCUUUAUAGAGUUCAACGUUUAUUUAAUUGGUAGGAAUCAUAAUUUAAUGUUAGUUUGUACGCUGUUUUAAUCUUCAUAAUACGAUUUACCAUUCUUCGGUAGUUAGUCAUUUAUUAUGUAACGUAGUGCACGUUCAAGUGAUAAUUUAGCCGAGUAGUGAAUCGACGUUUAUUGGAUGUUAACUCGUGUUCUCAUGAAAUAUAAGUAUGAAGGAACGUUUUUUGUUAUUUGAGUGAAAAUUGAAGUCUUCGGAUGCAUAUAUACUGAGAUGAUGCUGCACACCCGAUAGAUUGAGCACCAUCAUGGAUAUUCCUCUGCCUGAAGAGUGUGUAGGGCCGCCUUCUGGGGGCGGACCCCUGCCCCAGAAUCUUCCCCCAGAGUUCGACAUCCCGCUGCCGCAGAGUAACAGCCGGCCGCCAAUGCCCUUGUUGAAGGCUAGCCGCCCGCCCUUGCUUGGGAUCAGGCCCGCCCGGCCUCCGCAGGGUCACCCUGGUCCGCCUCCACAGGGGCACUCCGGCCCUCCUAUGCUGGGGCAUCCUGGCCCACCUCCGCAGGGACACCCUGGCCCUCCUAUGCAGGGGCACUCUGGUCCUCUUAUGCAGGGGCACUCUGGCCCUCCUAUUCAGGGGCACCCCGGCCCGCCUUUGCAGGGGCACCCUGCCCCCUUACCACCCGGGCGGCCGCCUCCUCCCCAGCCCUUGGGCCCGGCCCCACCACCUCCGAUGCCACCUCCACAGCGACUCAUGGGCCCCAUCCCACCGCCGCUGCAGAUGGGGCAUCGGCCAUUGGGGCACAUACGGCCGCCCCCUCUCCUGCCGCUGUUGCCCGGGCCCCGGACACCUCUCCUUGGUCCGCCUCCGCACUUCCUGCCAAGGCCGCCGCCCCCCCGAGGGAUGAUUGGCCCGCCUCCCAGCCUGCUCUCCAGCCCGCCCGUGGUCGGCCCGCCUCUGCCUUCGCAGGCACAGACGGGCGAUGUGCCAACACCCCCGCAGAAAACUGAGAAAUUGCAGGAACAUAACGAUGAGUCGAACAAGUACUCGCCGAGCCACGCCAGCACAGAAGAUGAUGUCGCCCCAUCACCUCCAGCGUCCAAAGUGGAGGCAGCGCCCAAGCCACCGCCCACACCGCGGGCCGCAGUGCUGGGCAAGGCCCAGGCGAAGAAGCGGCUGCUGGCGUUCUCCAUGACGAAGCAGGGAGGCGGGGCAGGCGUGUCGUUCGGCUUCGCAAAGAAGGCCGCGCCAAAGGUGGGCCCUGCCGCCGCCGCCGUGGUGGCGGUGGUGAAGGAACCGGCGAAGGAACCCGUGACACCGGCGCCGGAACAGUCGCCGGCGCCGGCGGACCCAGUCCCUGCCUCGGGAGUGGCCGUAAUCACAGAGGAGAAGUCUCCGAUCCAGACACCCAUUCCCACCAAGAAGAAGGCCAGCCGAAAGGCAUCUGCCCGAGAAGACAAGGCACGCUCUGUCAUUGCGGCAAUCGAGGAGAUCAAGCGGGAGGAGUUGGUGAUGCGGGGCAUGCUGGGCUUCGAGAGCCUUGACCAGAAGUGCACUGGGGACAUGACGGCUCCCGUCCCGCUGUCUGGCCAGCCGUAUGUGCCCCCACCAUCGCUUGUCCCGUUGAGGUCCCGGGAGCUGGACAUGAUGGCAGAUCUGCUGAUGGAGAAGCAGCGUGACAAGGAGCUACUGGUGGAGGAGCUGCUCGCACGUGACCUCCCUGCGAAGUCCGGCAAGGAGGAGAAGACGACGCACGCCUCGAAGACGCCCGUGGCGGCGCCCGCCACACCGCGUGACGAGAAGAAGGAAUCAUCGAGCCGCGGGCGCCGGGAGCGCUCGCGCAGUCGGGAGAGGAAGCGGCGCGGGGGAAGCAAGGACCGCCACAGCCGCAAGGAGGAGCGGCGAUCACGCCCCACGGAGAUGCCUGCCAGCUGGGCCCAGUUUCAUGCCCAGGGCUACCUUUUCGAGGAGGUGCGCCGCAUCAAGGCUAAGCUGCAGGGAAGCGGCAGUCAUGAUCGCCAGAAGCAGCACAGCUCUCGGGACCGCCGCAGCAGGUCGCGGGAGAAGAAGCACAGAAGAUCAUCCCCAUCACACGACGGUGCCAAAGAGAAGGAUGUGGAAGAUGAUUCUGAGCUGGUCUAUAAGGCUCUUUCAUUCCCCUCGAAAAUCCUGUUACCUCUGUAUGCCAACAGCAAGGUUGGCCAGGUGAUGAAGGCGUACCCGAGAGUGCUGGUGAAAACGACAAAGGCACGUCCAUUGGUGGCGUACUGCCAGAACCCUGAGAACUACGCCUCCUACCUGAAGAGCCGCAAGGAGGUGUUCACGGAGUCCCCGCCUGAGAUAGUGGAGCUGAUGGAGGUCAUCAUGGAGGGCAGUGGCGAGAAGAGUGCCAAGAGAGUGGACAGGAGCCUGACGAGGACCUCCGACGCCAGUCUGUCCAACAGUUUGGCAGCCCUGCAAGUAUCCUACGAUGAAGGGGAACUGGAGGAGAACCUGUCGUCGGACGAACUGCCCUCGGGCCGGAAGAGGGAGCGACCGUGGUGGUGCGAGGAGAAGGACUGGUGCUCGGUUGGUGUGGAUGCCGGCGCGGUUGAAACGGGUGUGAAUGGCGUCUUGGUGAAAGAGGGCGACGGUGUUGUAAAGGAAAAAGAGGUGUCGAACGAAGAACUAAAUCUCCCCAAAGAGAGAAAGGCAGCAGUUGCAGAGGCAGCAGGAGUGAUCAUUGAGAAGAAGUAUGGCUCCCCCACUACUGGCGACCACAAGCCGGAGAACAAGAGGCACUCAUUGUCGGAACCGCCCGUCGAGUGCAUAAAGGUCAGGUCCAAGUGGGACAGUGACUACGAGGAGGAUGCUGUGUCCGUCGAAAAUGUGAGCAGGGCUGUUCCCGUCGAGAUAACUGAAGACAACGAGGUCUCAUUUAAGAAAGAUGAAGACAUGAAAAGGGAAGAAACUCCAGUGUUAGAGACCGAGUUAAAGACUCCAGUUAAUAUGGAUGUGAGUGGAGGAUCGGAGGCGAGCGAGCCCGCUGUAGUGCUUGACGGUGAAGAUAUUGCAGAUGAUGCUGCUGUUGUGAGCAGUCAUGACGGGGAAGAUAAAUGUGAGGAGGAAGUCAAAGAGGAAGACAAUGUCCCUGAAGAUAUUGCCACCUCUGAGACUGGUCAGAUCUUGGACUCACCGAGCUGUGAACCAGACCCAAGUCUUAACAACAGUGUCUCCUCACCCGCAGAGAAUGGUUCGGAGAAAAAUACUGACCUUAAACUCGUGUCUGAGUAUGAGGAGUUCAUGAAAGCAGUCAGUUUUGACACAGGUUUUGAGGAGGAUGGCACCACACUUUUAGAAGAUGAAGAGAGGAGUAAUGUGAGAAGUGGAUUCAAACGCCGUGAGUCAGGAGGGAAAAUGUUUGAGGAGCCUAAGGAGAAUGAUGUUGAAGUUGCAAGGAAAGAAGCCACUAGUCCCGACCACAGCAAAAAAAGUAGUAAUGGUGACACAGAAAGAACAUUGAAUGUUUCUACAGUUGAUAUCAAUACAGAAUACAAAGAAAUUGAGGAGAAACCAGAAAAUACAAAGUCUGAUUUCGGUUCUAAAGAAAGUAAGACAGAUGAAAGUAAUUCACUUGAAAAUAAUUUUGAUGAGUAUGGAGAAAGUUCACCCAAGAUUCCGGAUGAUUCAACUCCAAAUUUGGAUGAUUCAACUCCGAAUUUGCAGUCACGCUCUUCAAAAAUUUCUGAGAUAGAGCUGUCUGAAGAAAAAAUAGAGCAGUCAGAAAAAGAAGAGCAAUCUGAACAGGAAGAAAGACAAACAGAAAAGGAGGUGGAGCAAUUAGAAAAUAAAAAUCAGCAAUCAGAUAGGGAACCUGAGCAACCAGAAUGUACAAUUGUUCAACCAGAAAAGACAGUAGUAGAGAACUUUCAAGAAUACGUUGAUGUUAGCAAAAAGGUGCCUCCAAACAAUGAAAGUGACAUUGAAAAAAGUGCCGCAAAAAAUUCUAAGCAGAGGAAUGAAGCUCCAAACAAUAGUGAAGUAUUGACUAAAGGAAGCGAAAAAUCUUCGAAGGUUAGUGGUGGCAGGAAGAGUAAAAUCAGAAAUAAACGUUUAAAAAGAAAACGGAAAUACAGUAAGGUGAAGCGCAGUAAAAAGAAAACUAGAAAAAGGAAGGCCGAAUCUUCUUCGUCUGAAAGUUCUUCGGACACGGAAUCAUCUUCUAGUGAGGAGGAAAAGUCGUCUAAAUCUGCUAGUAAAAGAGAGAGAAGGAAAGUUCCAUCUGUUUCGAGUGAUGACACCAGCAGUGAUGAAUCUACAUCUUCAUCUUCAUCAUCAGCAUCAAUUCAGUCAUCUUCAUCGUCAUCAUCUGACAGGAGGUCAAGAAAGAGAAAAAAGAAGCAAAAGAAAAAAGCCAAAGCUAAAAAAAGUUCAAAAAGGAAUAAAAAAGAUACCAUCAGCCAGAGAAAAAAGCGUAGAAAGCGAAAGGUGGAAGGCAGCGAAUCAGAAGUCGAUAGUAAAAGUAUAAAGUCCACUCACAAGAAAGACAAACAGCUUCAAGUAGAAAAUUUAACUGCGCUGAGGUCCGAUGAGAAGGGUAAACGGAAAGUCAGAACACAAGAAAGUAGUGUCGAUAAAACUUGUCCAUCAGAUAAACACACAUCCACAACAGUGCACAACAGUAAGGAGGAACAUGUGAAAGACAGUAAAAAACACAAACCCUUUGAAAAUUCUCAUGCCCCACCACUUGAAGUGGAUGAAAACAGCUCUGUUGAAAGUUGUUGGGAAGCCAGUUUCAAAGAAAAGAGGGCAAAGGAAAAGCUGAAAAGAGAGAGAUCAAAGUCAACCAAGGAAAGUGCAGGCUCAAAUGAUGAGAAUGAAGAUGUAAGAAAGGCAAAGAAACGGCGUAAAGAACACAGAUCUCGUUCUUCCUCUCCGAAAAAGAAGAGGCGUCGAUCACCAUCUUCAUCGCCUGAGCAUUCUCCUCCACCAAAGUCCCGUAGAAAUUCUAAGGACAUAAAAACUCAUGAAAGAAGUAGAACAAGCACAAGUCAGGAUGAUGAUAAAAAACUUCAACACACCAGCAGCAGCAGAGAAAAAAAGAAAAAGAAUCGCAAAGAAGAGAGCGAGGAAAGUGUGUCACCUAAAGAUCACAAAGAUAUCUCUAAACAGAGUAAGCAAGGAAAUCAUAAUUCAAAAGAUACUAAGCCUCACAAAAAGAAGAAAGAAUCAAAAGAACGAAGGGAAAAGAGAGAAAGUAAGUCAAGAGAGAAAAAGGAAAGAAGUAAAUCAAAAGGAAAUGAGGAAAAGGAUAAAUCUAAAUAUAAAGAGAAGAAAGUUAGGAGUAAAUCAAAAGAGAAGAGAAAAGAAAGGAGGCAUAAGGAAAAGAGUUCGAAACUUAAGUAUAAAGAAAGAGAAGAACUUGAGACAUCAGAUGAAGAAGAGCAGGCAAGGCGAAAGUCUUACAGAAGUAGGUAUUAUCAUUACAAGUCCAAAGGAAAAGAAAAUUCAGAAAAGAAAAAAAGUAGGACUGAAGGAGAAGUAGAAAAGAAAAAACAUAAGAAGCAGGGAAGUAAAAGUGAAAUUAGUGACAUUAAUGACAGUGAUAACCAAGAAACUGAGAAUGAAGACAGUGAAAAUGAAGAUACUGGAAAUGAGGACAGUGAAAAUGGAGAAGAUAGCGAGAACCAAGAGGACAGUGGUAAUAAAGAAGACAGUGAGAACCAGGACAGCGAAAAUCAUGAAAGUGAAGGAAACGACACUGAAAAUGAUGAAAGUGACAAUCAGUCCUCUUCCAAUGAGGAUGUCGAUGACACAGUUGGCUCUGUCAGUGAACAGUUUGAUUUGUUCAGGGAAAUAAAACAGGAAGUGUUCAGCGACGAUGAUUUGACUAGCGCGCCAAGACUGCGGGAUUUAUCUGAUCAUGGCAAUUUGGUGGUUUGCAAAGAAGAGAGAAUUGAUUCUAACGAAGCUACCAGUAGCGUCGUUAGUUCAAACACAGAGAAAGAUAACACGCUUCGGCCAGCAGAACCUAGCUGUGUUGAUUCUGUUCCGGAACUAGCGCCUGUUUCGCUGGCAACCAACGUGUCGGAAAAUGCAAAUACCAUUGCGAUUGCAGCUCCACAAGAAGUUGCAGAUAGUGCCGGAGAUGUCGAAAUACAUGCUGGGUCACCGUACAUUGAUGCAGACAAUGUGCCUAGUGAGUCAGCUGUCAAUGACACAGAGGUUGUGGAACCAUGCCCUGAAACGCCUGUCGCGGAACUUGCUGUGGAUACUUGCUUGAAAAAUGCUGUCCAUGCUUUCGAAGCACCAAGCCUCUCAUCAGUAAUGAACUCUGAGGUGGACCAAGAGAGCAGCUGCUUUUCUGAAAACUCAAACACCCCCGUCGAUGUAGUUGCUUCGGAGAAAACUUUGCUUUCAGUUUCAUCAGCUUCUAAUGUGGAAAUUUACAGCACAGUUUUGGAGUCUGCUGUUACUGAUAUGUUGGGAAAUUCCAACAAAGGAGACGUAAACACUGCUUGUAAAGUUCGAGUCAUGGACGAAACAAAAAUAGAUGAUUCUGUUGCACUCUAUAGUCCGGGAGAUAUGUAUUCUGAUGAAGAAGACAACAAAUGUGACUUAACUGAUCAAACCAUAGCACCACAGAUAGGCAAAGACAACUCUUUAAGUUCAGAUGUAGAUUUACGUAGCAGAGGGCAUUUUGAGAUCUGCAGCGACAUGUCUCUGGACAGUGAAAUUUGUCCUACAAAGUCACAGGAUUCUAACAGUAUCAAGAGCAACUUUGAAACCCCUUUUGUUGCUGAAUCUUAUAAUGCAGAUUUUUUCUGUGGUUCUUCUUGGAAUUCAGUGAGUCAGUUAGGAGCAGUGGGCCUCGCAGAUGUUUCCUCGGUUAAUGUUCAGAAGACGCCGGUUUGCUUGGAAAACAUUCCACUACCCCCGCCAAAACCAUUAGAGGAAUCAAGCGUGAUCUCCAACGUUCCUGUUCAGGCUGUUGCAUCUUUGGGUACGAUCCAGGGUCAUGUUAACACAAGUCUGUUCGAGGCGGUGUAUCCUUUGUAUCCUCUGCUUCCUCCCGUGCAGCCGUGCCCGCCACCGUUGCCUGCCGUCGAACCUCCACCGAAACCGAAGCCCCCACCAACUAAAGCCCCGGUGCAGAAGCACAUUAUCACUGUGAAGUUGUUGUCUACCAUGUCUCGCCAGGAGGCAUUGUCGGCAGCGUCUGCAACCUCCACUGUGUCAAAUGAAGCAACUUCUUCCUCAUCGAAACCCGAUGUGAAGACCACUGGAGGCUCUGACAAAAUUAAAGGCAAUGCAAGUCCACUCGUAACAAAAGUUCCUGAUACUUCAUCUGCUAUGGGUGUGGAUAAGAUGUUAGUCGACACCAGUCCUUGGAAAGCAUUUGGCUCAGUGGGGAGUGAUAAUAAGCUGUCAUUGUACGAUGAUUUCAACCCCGUUGAUAGCGAUUCGCCGGUGUCCUCUUCGACUUUGAAGUUAGAAAUGGCGAAAGACAUCACUCAGAUCAAAACGCUGAUGGUCCAGAGUACCGAUGUAUGCCAAACACAGACAGGAAUGCCAGCCAAGCGUGAGCGCAAGCGUCCUUCUCGCUGGGGCAUGACAACCCCUCCCGCAAAAGACUCCGUUGUGAGUUCUGAAAAACUAUACUCACCUUCGGCUAAUGAAGACACUAUCUGUAGUGAGAAGCGUGCUGGUCCUAUUUUCCAAAUUUUGAGUGGGGAAAAACCCAGUUGUGUAUCAUCCAUUGUGACAGACAUCACAAAAUUGGAAAGUGCCUCAAGUGCUCUGGAAGAAAAUAUUUCAGAUGCAACACCUGCUCAGUUGUAUGAUCCAGGUAAACCAGAUAGUAACUUCUCAAAACCUGGUUCAGAUGUGCCUGAGUCAAACAGUACAGACCAUGAAAAAUCUGGGGAUAUCUCUGUUAAGGAUGUUGUUGUUGAUGGUAAUAAAGAGCAUCGUAGUAAAUCGAAAGAGCGUGAGAAUGACAAAAAGGAAUGUUUAAAAUUGAGUGAAAAUGAUAAAGGCAAUGUUGACAGUGAUAAGAGUAGACAUAGGAGAGAUAAGGACAAGGAUAGGCACAGAGACAGAGGGCGAGAUAGAAGUCGUGAUCGCGAUAGAGGCCGCGAUCGAGAUAGGGGUCGUGAUCGCGAUAGGGGCCGCGAUCGAGAUCGAGAUCGGGGUCGUGAUCGGGACAAGGGUCGUGAUCGAGAUAGAAGCCACGAUCGUGAUAAGGGCCGUAACAAACACCGUGAUCGAGAUAAAGAUCAUGAUCGUGACAAAACAAAAAACAAAGACAGAGACAGAAAAAACAGUGACAAGAGCAGAGAAAAAGAAAGUUACAAGUCAGAAGACAGGGAUGGUAAAAAGUCUAGUGAAAAUAAGAGCUCAGAUAAACCUACUGACUCAGAUCAGCCAGCUGCAGAUAGGAAAGAUGAUAUUAAGGAAAAUGAAUCCAAAAUUGAACCUGCUGAUGCUCAGAGUAAAAAUGAUGUACCUGACAGUUUCAGCGAACGUCCACAGGAUGAACAGAAAGGUGAAGAGCAUAGUGGCACGUACGAACAACCGCAGCAAUUAAUUCCAAACAGUUGGGGUACAUGGUCUGCACCACAGGCGGAAUCUGUCACAGAGGCCAGUUGGGAGCACUCGACUGUCUGUCACGAGUAUCUUGCGACGGACGAACAGUAUCCUGCUAACACUCAGGAGGACAGCUGGCAUGGCCGGGUUGUGACGUACCGAUCCCGGUCACCUUCCCCAGAUCUUGGGAGAGCGGCUACAGAACCAGUGGGGAGGGCAGACAGUGAGAGACAGUGGAAUAAAGAUGUAAAGAGCAUUACACAAGAUCUGUAUGAACAUCCAACCGACAAAAGGGGCGAUGAAAACAACUGGCAUGAUGAACAACAAAAUGACCUUUGGAAAGGAAGUCCUAGUAGAAGCCCUUUGCUGAGGCAUAAGAGCCCUGUUCGCAGGCGAAGCCCUUUAAGACGUAGUCCUAGUUCCUCUCGUAGGAGAAGCCGAAGUCCUUCAUUUGUGAGAGCAAACUUGAUAUCGAGGUCAAGCCGCAGUCCAUCACGAAGUUACAGUCCAUUGCGCAGGCGCAGUUGUAGUCCUUACCCCCAGAAGACCCACAGUCCUGUAUCAAGGAGACCGUACAGUCCAGCAAGACAGAGUCGUAGCCCGGCGAUGAGACCAAAUUACAGUCCGAAGAGAAGCCGGAGCCGCAGUGCCUCUUUGAGACGCAGCCCGUUGCAGAGAGGUCGGAGCCCUUCGCUGAGACGGGACCGCAGUCCACUCUCUAGAAGGAGCCACAGCCGCAGUCCAGGUCUGAGGAAGAGUCCUUUGCAUAGAAGUAGAAGUCCCGGGUCCAGGCGAAGUCCGCUUAGGAGGAACCGCAGCCCGUUGCCGAGGAGAAGCCUCAGUCCACGUUACAGAAGGAGUAGAAGCCUCAGCCCCUUGUCGAGGAGAAGUCGUAGCCCUCUGUCCAGGAGGAGUCGUAGUCCCUUGCCGAGGAGGAGUCGCAGUCCAUUGGCCAGAAGAAGCCGCAGUCCAUUGGCCAGAAGAAGCCGCAGUCCAUUGGCCAGAAGAAGCCGCAGCCCGUUGCCGAGGCGGAGCCUUUCGCCGCCCAGGCGAAACAGGAGCCCUACAUCGCAUAGAAGCUCAACUCCGAACUUUAGGCGCAGUCAUAGUUUAAGUCCUGGUCCAAGGAGGGCUGAGGCUUGCAACAUUGUCGUGAGCUCGAUUGGGGAACAGGAUCUAGAGGAAAAGCAUUACAUAAAGAACAUGUCGCUGCAGCAUGGGGGAGGUGACUGGGAGGCGGCCUCCGUCUCGUCCUUGAAGCGCAGCGUUGCGGACUCUACCAUAAAUGAUUCCGAGGUUCUCACCACUGGCAAAGUUCCACAAGAUGUGUUUUACCCAGAGCACCCGGAACUAUAUUACAAGCAGGGCUUGCCUUUGUUGAAGGAUUCCAGGGAGGGCUCCCACUCCCCCUCUCCCAUGUUCUCACCAAAGAGGUUGUCCUUAGAUGAUAGGAUCAGCUUGGAGUUGGGGGUGAGGGUCAAGAGCCCACCACCAUCAUCCCAAGCGUACCAGCCCCAAGUGUACCCGGGGCAGUACCCCAGUUACUACCAGGAGCCGGCGGCCAAGCACUUCCCGGUAAUGCCGAACAGGCGCCCACCGCUCCUGCCCGUGCCUGUGCACAUCGAGCCCAACAUGGACAAUUGGUGCAAGGUCCAGGCAGCGAUGAGCGAACAGUUGCACUCUGAGGCAGGCUACGGCACCCAGCAGGCCUACAACCUCCCGCAUGUCAGCCCGACUCCUGUCAUGAUGGGGCCGAGGCCCGGUCCCUCUCAGCCGCCUCCUGGCGUUGCAUCCAACUCUCAUGUUGUUCAGGUGGGCAACUUCCUGCAAGUGGUCCCAGCAGAGCUGCCUGUGGACACCAUGAGCCUGAUAGCAUCCGCGCCCCCGCCCCCGCCUCCACCCCCUCCGCCUCCAUUGCCUGCGCAGAAACCAGCGCAGACUGUGGUGCUGCAGGCCGGGAAUGUCUUGCAGGUGAUCCCGAGCGAGAGCAGCCUGGUACCGGUCCUCCCGCCGGUGCUGCAGUCCUCCCAGAAGGUGCUGCAAGUGGGCAACGUGCUGGAGGUGGUGCCCAGUGGUGCCGGGCAGGCCAGGCCGGCGCCACUGCCGGCCUCUCCUGUGGCGCUCACCAAGAGUCUCGUAUCCCUGCCGCUGUCGGGGUACUCGUCGCCGCCUUCACCGUUCCUCCGAGAAGGUUCCGUAACGGUUUCCCCACCUUGUGGCGAGGCACUGCCGCUGCCUAGCACUGCGGAAGCAGAACUCAGGCGUGAACAGAAGGACAAGAGGCGGCAGGAGAAAGAGCGGAGACGGUUGGAGAAAGAAAAGAAGAAAAGGAACAAACUCAAAUUGGCAACCGGGAACAUAAUUAAGGCGUUCGAGACGGCCCGCACUAGCCCGGUGGCAGCACUGGGGUUCUCGCUGAUGGGGACCAGGCUGGAGUCCCCGAUGAGACCCUCUCCGGCGGAAGACGUGGCCGCCAUAUUGAAAGCCCUUCAGCAAGACGAUCCCAAUGAAGUGGACUUGGAAGAUAUGAAGCUCAUUGAGGAGGCCAUCGUGAAGGUGGCAGAGCUCGGGGAUGAGGAUCAGUCCCUCUUGCCGAGCCCCAAGAAGAAGAAGAAAAAGAAGCCCGGGGCACCGGUGGAGUACAAGCCGCUGCCAGCGGCAGGGAAAGGGAUUUUAGUGUUUCCUGGCUUCAGGUACCCACACUCUCUCCAAGAAAAUAGCAAGGAGAAGCCUCCUGCGGCCGACGAAAGCGUGGAGCGGAAGACGGUCAAGUUCGCAGAUGGAGUCCGACCCGGGGAGGGGACUUCGCCGUCCGCCGGGGAGGACCUCCCGUCCCCACCACCUCCCCCCCGCAAGAUGCCCAAGGAGAAGCACUUCAAGAAGAAAAAGAAAAAGAAGAUCAAGGUGAAGAUCAUCCGGCAGAUCAACAUGGAUGAGGACGACGAGGAGGAAGAGGAUGUCUCUCCGCCCCCACCACCCCCCGGCUCUCCGCCGCCCCCACCGGUCUACCCGGCCGGCUACCCAGGCUUCCCUGCUCCUGGGUUCAUCUACUCCCCGGCCCCCCAGUUCACAGUGCUGACGGCAGAGCCCGUGACGUCAUCAGGCACGGCUGCAACAGCAGCCCCGGUGUUUGCCCCACUGUACCACCAGCACCACCACACCACCACCACUACGCACACCACCACGGUGCAGUUUGCAGCACCCCCGCCGCCGCCCCCACCAGCCCCCGCUCCAGCCACGGCACAGCGCAAAGCCAAGUAGCUUCGCCUUCAACGUCUGUAAAGUGUGUGCCCAUUACCUGGGCCGCUCCAGGCGCAACAGUUGAACAUUAUGAUGGGAAACAAAGAAGCCUUGCGCAGUGAUAGGGGACAGCGGAAACAUACAGAUUAACUUUUUAGAGUGAGGGAAAAUGCAUUUUGUGCGAGAAUCAUAAGCAUUACUUACACAUGUUUGUUUUGUGUGGUUACUAGAAAUAAGAUAUAAUGGUUUCAUUUUGGGAUCAGUUUUGUUUUUGAUACUGGAGAUCUCAUUGUUAUUUUCAUUAAAUAAAUAUUGUUUUUUCCAACAAAUAUGAUGAUGAAAAGUUUCCUGAUGUGUAUUUCAUCAAAAAGCGUGAUUUUGACAGUUAUGCUCAUGUGGUCUUAUAAUAAAAUAAUUUGCAGUAAGAAUGUAAUGUGCAGAUUUAUACAAUAAAGUAUUUAAAUUUAAUUGGCUAGUGAUGAUGUUUUAAAAAAUUUCUUGUAAAUCAAUGAAGUAAAAAUGAGUUUUAACAGAUUAAAAUUAAUUUUAUUCAUUUUUACCUUUAUUUUUUGUACUCACAGCAUGAAAUAGUGUUUAUUUAAAAAUUAAUAUUUCUGUAGUAUGAAUUGAGUUUUAUUAUAUUCUGCAUAAUUUAUAUUGUAUUUGAAUAAAUUUUGGUGUUAUUUUGGUUUUAUCCCAAUUCACCAUUUAAUCUUGUCCCUAGUAAUUGCACGUUUCUAAGCUUAAAUAUGAUUCAAACAUGUUUUGUUUGACACAAGGAAAUUUUCUGUAGAUAUGUAAUCUUAUAUUUCUCACCGAUUGCCUUCUGUUGCAAUUGAUCCACUUAGCGAGGUUCUACCGUACAAAUUUGUAUUUUUUCAGUCACUCUAGAUAGGUAGUUUUGUGAUUUCAAAGUUUCUCACAAAAAAUAGUGUUGGAUUCAUUCUCACAUUUUCCCGUGAUCCAUUUCUGAGAACCAAAAAUUUUUGCGCUCGUACACGCUACUUAAGUAUCGUUUAUGGAUACUAACGGCACUGGAGAAUUUUUUCAAGUAAUGGGUUUUUUAUCUAUGCAUCAUUGAGAAAUAUUUUCUCAAAAGAUGUGGAAAUUCUGGUUAAAAAAACUGAAUUGCAUCAUCUGUGUCAUGUAGUGUAUUAUGAAUUAUUGGCAUUUAAUUACCAAACAAAAGUAAAUAAUUUUUUUGUCAGAGAGAGGGGGGUGGGAAUUCUUAGUAGAUUUGUUAGUGAUAAAUGAGAAAUUACUUAACCCAUCACUUGGUACUGUUCACCCUUUAAAUUGUUUUCUCUGUGUUUGAGAAUUUAGUCUUUUUAUAAUAAUUAUUAUUAUUAUUUAAUGCUUGAUUAUGAAUAUUGAAAAGAACAUCCUAUCCCAAAGCUAUGAAAGUGAAAACUUAUCUAAAUCAUAGUUUACACUAAUGUAGCUUACCUUUUCCAGUUAUUCUAGUUUUCACUGUGAAUAUUGUGGAUGUGGCAGACUUAUUGUGAAAUAACAAAGGUUCUUUUUUUCUUUUCUUUCUUUAAGCCGAGACUUAUUUGUUUUAUUCUAGUAUGUACAUGAGUAUAAUUCUCUUGUCUCUGUAAGUUACCUUAUUUGAGUGUCAUUUGUACAGAAAUGUUAUAUUAUGGACAACAUUAUAAAAGAAGGCUGUUCUUGUAUUGUCUCUGAAAAGAUUGUUGUAUUCCACUAGCUCAGAAAAUAAUAAAUUUAUUGAUUUUU